UGUUUUACCACAGACCGGGCAAUAUGUUAGUCAUAUAAAGAUAUUGUAAAUACUUUAAACAUGGGGCGCAAACUGGAGUUGAAUGAAUUGAGCGAUGACGAGCAGAAGAUGAUUCUGGAAGUUAUUCAAAGGGAUUUUGAUCUCCGGAAACAAGAAACAGAAAGAAUAGGGGAACUCUCAAAAACAAUUUCUGAAACUGAGUCUGUCGAGGAGAAAACCUUGGAUAAUUGUGCCGUGUGUGGAAAUGGGUUUGUCUGGUUGUUCAGGCCCAAGGCGCAAUGUCUUCUGUGUAGAUUUUACUUUUGUAAGAACAAUGAUCAAUGUGGACUUGAGGAAAAUGAGAAAUGGUUUUGCUCGCUUUGCUACAGACAAAGGGAAGUGACGUCAAAAUCAGCUGAUUGGUUUUAUCUUCAAUUGAAAUCAAAGUUUCGACGACACGGAGGAGCAAAGAUCGUUCGCGAACUUUAUAAGAAGAAAAAGAUACCAAAUAUCGAAGAAGCACCCGAGAAACCGCCUCGUAUUUUCACAACAACAUCAACCGCUACUGAUACCAAAGAAGAAGAAACCGACAAUUCAACACAAGAUAAUAAGAUUGAAAUCGCAGUACAAACUAUAGACGAAAAUGGAGUUACAGACACAGACGGAAAAAGCCAGGAUCACGUGCCGCCCAACUUUCAAUCAGAUAUGAAGAGACAAUUGGAAGAAGCGAUCGCUGCUGUGUUGUUGCCACGUUUGGAAGAAAUGCACCAAUCAUCGAACAGAAACAGCGAAAAUGACGCGGCGUCGGUGGCGGAAGAGACAAUAGAAAGAUUCUUACGUCAAAUGGAAAUGAAAACUACGUAUUCUGGUGAUGACGCAAUGUUUGAUGACGUAGAAGACGAGAAUGAUGCUCUUCUAUGUAGAUAUUUACAAGACCACAAGCAUAAUAUAAAGAUGCGGUUUGCUCGCAAACUACAGCAGGCAUCUCCUCGUAGUAGUUUGGACGAUUCUCCCUCAUUGAGAAGAGACGUGGAGACGAUGACAGAAGACAACACGGAUAGUGAAAUGGAAUCUUUGCUUUCUUUUUCAGGAUCUGCUCGUUCAUCACGCAGAGACAAAACUCCACUGUCAGAGCGAAUGCGAAAUUUAAGCCCCGACUCACGAAGGGAGGCUUUGAACCAGCGACCUUCCGUUCAUGAGCAACGAAUGAACGGACAUGGGGCGGCAAGGAAAGACGAAAUGAUUGCUAAAGCUGACGUGGACGCUACGUUUGCCCAGUUAUUAGAAUCGAACCCUAACGACGAACAAGAACAAGAAUUUUCCACCGAACUAGAAUGCACAACGUUUGGUGAUAAGUCACCACAGGACCAUGAAAGACGCGACUCCAACACGAGUGAAUCGUCAAACGAUGAAAAAUACAAUGAAAGCAUGGACGAUAACUGGAUGAGAAUACCGAAGACUAAAACAAGGAAAAUGAACUCUAUAAUGGCGACGGGUAGAACGAACGCUUACGUGCCGCUUUCUGAUUCGCCGAGCGCCUACGAUCACGUGAAUGGUAACAACAGCGAUAGUGACGUAGACAAUUGCGCUGACGAGGAUGAAAUAUGGCCUGUACAAGUCAGUAAAAACUUUAGCGAGGCCCCGACUCUUGGGUCAGAAAGUCGAGAAGUCGUCGAUCCGGAACGAUUAUUGAUUGUUAGGAAACAAAGGAGCAUUGAAGAUGUUGAUGACGCAAUAAUCGAAUCAAUGAACCGUGAAUUGGAAAGUUCGAAAACGUUUGUUCGGAAAGAGGGAGUUUCGCAACUGCCUUUAAUCGAAGAAGAACCUGUUGUAGCCGUUGAUCGAAACGCAAGGGAAAUGUACCAGAAGGUGCUUCCCCUAACUAGUGCAGUGGCCGCUUUCCAGGGAAAUAAUUCCAGAGCUUCGAAGCAGAAACAUGGAUCCCAGGACUCAGCUUAUAACUCGGAAAGUGACGCAACAAUACGAUCACGCCUUAACGAAACAUUUGAAUCAGACACGUUCUCAAGCAGCUCGUCGCUAGAUGGCAGUAUGCGGUCAACACACAAACAAAGAUCAAGUCUAUUUUACCCGGAAAAAGACGAAAAACGAAAAAGUCAUCACGAAAAACAGCUUUAUCGACUAAAAUCAAACGAAGAAAUAUUAAAAGACGACAUAAGUUUCGGCGAUCGACUCUCCGACGCCAUCUCGCGGCAGUGGAAUAAUUCGGAAAUGGCAAAUGAUAACGGAGAGGUUUCAUCUAGUUCUGAAUCAGAUGAUAGCGACAUAGAGACAGAAAUAGAAGUCAAAGAAAAGGUAAACGUGAAUACGAUAACUGUGGUGACAAAGACGGAACAGGAGAACCAAGCAAGCAAACGCGAUGAUCAUGAAGAUGUGGAAACAGUUAAAGGGGAAUACAAAGUAGAGGAGGAGGAUGUUUGUAGAGUUCACAUCAAAGCUAAAUAUAUAAAGGAAGGAUCGCUGGAAGAAAAACAAGAGAAAACUUCUUUAAGGAGUUCAACGUCGGAUGAAUCGUAUACGGAACACGAUAUUGAAGUUGCAUUAGAUGACGUGUCUAUACAAUCGGAGGAUCAUCGAAACAUUGAAGAUGAACAAAGUCAAAGAUCAUACGAUGGAGGAACGAAUCAAGAGGAAGAAGAGGAAAAGAAACCAGGGUUCCAGAUCAAAUCUAUCAGCGAAAUUGUGUCCGAGUUAAAGAAUGCUGGGCUGGAAGUUGAAAAAGGAGCUUUUAAAAGAAACUCAGUGGCUACAAAACCAACUGCACCAAGAAUCAAGGAAACCACCAAAACAACACGUGUGUCUGACCCUGGACCCAUACGAGCUGCAACCCCAGAUGAAUCGUUAGAAUGGGCCACAAGUUGUGGGAUAACUAUUGACCCAAGCAAAUACAAGUCAACCAACGAGACGAAGAUAGUUUCCGAGGUUAUUACGGAAGAAGAAGCAGGAAUAACAGUAAACGAAGAAAGACAAUCUGAUGAUGAAUUAGAGACAUCGAGAUUAUCCGUUGAAACAUCAGCGAGCGGCGAAAGUUUGAUUAAAGAACCAGGAGAUUCAGAAUAUGUUGCUUUACCAUCGGUUGCUGAACGAAGGUCUGUGUUCAGCAACCAAGCAAAGCCAACUCCUUCCCCACGUUUGAGUCGAAGAGUCACAAGUACACAACAAAGCUUUAGUGGAAGCGAGGGCGGAAAUAAUAAGACACGGACGGUGGAAAAGGCGGAAGUAGCUUCAGAAAAGACGGAUGUAGCUUCGGAUGUUUUAAGUUCAAAAGAUAACGAUUCUGAGUCUGAUACCAGCUCUCUUGUUUCGUCACACUUGGAAACAAAGCAUGGUUAUGACGCAGACACUUCGACUAUUACGUCAGAUCUUGAUGACGAAAGACGAUCGAUGACGUCGCCAGUGACGAAACCACCUCAUACGUCAGAAGUUGUAAUAAUGGAACAUUGUAUUGAAACAGAAAAAGAAGAAAACGUGGAAACCGAGAAAGAAGUACAAAAAGUGGAAAUCUCUCCCCGUGUAUCUGAGAUUAAAUGCGCGUUCGAGUUAGACAGGUCUUCGCCUGUCCGCGGUUCGAUUACUAUGCGUGGAAGUCGAAUGGUGAUGACCGUUCAACCGGAUCAAGGGACUCGGUUCCAGGUUACACCAAUUGCCAGUCCAAGCGCUAAGCGCAGAUCUUACGCGCAAAAGGAGCCGAUAUUGAAGAACGGGACAAUUUCGCCAACCAGUGACACAGAUGACACAAGAAGACGACCAUUUGUAUUGGACCUUUAAACAUAAAGAUCGCACCGUAAACAUAAUAUGCAUAUAUACUGCACUUACACGCAAGUUAUUUUCAAAUCCAUACGCAGAGUGUAUUGUUUCCAUUUAAAUGACAGGCGUUUAUAUAUACAUAGUUCAACUAUAUUUAUUUGUCUUUUAGUUGCGCAUAUACUUUAUUGCAUAAUAUUCGCAUUACACGUUAAUUAUUUACGCCUUAAGUGCUAAGCAGUCUAAAAAUACCCGCUUUCGAAUACGCAACUGGUUGCGACUUACUGUGUGUACCUCGAUACCACAAAAUACAACUGUCAGUUUAUUCUAUAUAUACACUGUAAACUGAAAUGGUGGAAAAUAUAUUGUCAUGGUGGAAAGUACCACCAUUUUAAUGGACGUGGAGGGUAACUUCCACCCUUAAAGUGUUUAUCUGUGUUUUCCGUUGCGACCAUGGAAAUUGUGAGAGGUCCUACGGCGAGGCAUGACAAUGCUCAGAUUUAAGGCCAAAGUUGGCCCAUUACCCAACGCCCCUAAAAAACUGAUGUAGUCUAUCUUAUAACAACUUAAUAUUAUGAUAUGAGAUGUUAAUGUUAUUGCAUCCAUAAUGUUUUGUUGGAUUCCUUUUAACAGAGAAAACCAAAACGUUGAAGGAAAUUAAAGAAUGACCAGCAACUGCAAAACUAACCAUUGCUUUUUUCUCAUUGCAAACAUUCCGCUUUUGUGUAUAUAAGUUCAUUAAGUCGGUAGAAAUUUAAAUACUUUAUAAUGAAACGUAUCUGUAUACUGAUGCGUUGUUGUUUUGCGUAUCGUGAAUAAAAUGAAAAGCUUAGA